GCUUCUUCAAGCCUCAGGGACACACUGAGAACCACACUGUACUCUACAAACUGCCAGUAUGGAAUUAGCUGAGAACACUGUAUAAACAAGACAUCAUCAACACGUUAAGAAAGAGCUGCUCACUAUGAAGCCAGAGGGAUCAGUGACGUCCCUCCAAGACAGACCAAUGCCUCGAUGGAGUCUGGGCUCCGGCUCUGGGCUACGUUAUGGCUCCUUCGUAAACAGCCUUGCAUCACUUACAUCAAAGGCAGAGGAAAAACCAGCCAUAUCACCCAGACAGGCCUAUGUAGCUAUAGCUGUGCUUUGCUACGUCAACUUGCUCAACUACAUGGAACGGUACACAAUAGCAGGUGUCCUUGGCAACAUUCAGAAAUUCUUUGACAUAAGUGAUAGUACAGCUGGACUUCUACAAACAGUUUUCAUCUGCAGUUUCUUACUGUUGGCACCUCUGUUUGGUUACCUCGGGGACCGCUACAACCGGAAAUACAUCAUGAUUGGUGGUUUGAGUGUGUGGCUAGUCACUGCAGCCGGCAGCUCUUUAGUGACUGAAUCGUAUUUCUGGCUUCUGGUCUUGUUGCGAGCUCUGGUCGGGAUAGGAGAGGCCAGCUACUCCACCAUUGCUCCCACCAUCAUCAGUGACCUCUUUACUGGUGGUCAGCGGAGCGUCAUGAUCUGUGUCUUCUACAUCUUCAUCCCCGUAGGAAGUGGUCUUGGAUACAUAGUAGGGGCAGGAUGUGCUACUCUCACAGGGGACUGGCGCUGGGCUCUCAGAAUCACUCCCAUCUUGGGUUUAGUGGGACUUGUUUUGCUGGUUUUCUUGUGCCCUAACCCAGUCAGAGGUGCUGCAGAAACUCAUGGAGAAGGAGUUACAGAGCGGAGCUCUUACCUGGAGGAUGUGAAAUAUCUUCUGAAAAAUAAAAGUUAUGUGUGGUCAUCAUUUGGAGUGACGGCGAUGGCCUUCCUCACCGGAGCCCUGGCUUUCUGGAUGCCUACUUUUCUGUCCAGAGCUCAAGUCACUCAGGGAAUCCGACCGCCAUGCAACAAAGAGCCCUGUGACCACACAGACAGUUAUAUCUUCGGUGCUGUGACAGUGGCGACAGGCGUUCUGGGAGGGAGUCUUGGCACUGGUUUAUCCAGAUGGUUUAGGGACAAGGUGCCAAACGCGGACCCACUCAUCUGUGCAAUAGGCAUGCUGGGAUCUGCCCCAUGCCUCUUUAUCACCAUAUUUGUGGCAUCAUCAAGCAUUCCAGCCACUUAUGUAUUCAUUUUCUUAGGUGAACUGUUGCUAUCACUUAACUGGGCUGUUCUAGCAGACAUACUUCUGUAUGUUGUUAUACCAACCAGAAGGGCCACAGCUGAGGCUCUCCAGAUCACAGUCUGCCAUCUCCUGGGUGAUGCUGGGAGUCCCUACUUAAUAGGAACGAUCUCUGAUGCUAUCCGCGAAGCUAAACCUAAAACCUAUGACUGGAGAUUCCGCAGUCUGAAGUACAGCCUCCUGGUCUGCCCAUUUGUUGGAAUUCUGGGUGGCCUGUUUUUCCUCAUGACUUCCCUCUACGUAACUGAAGACAAAAAGGCAGCUCAGCAAUUUGUUGAAGAAACUCCUCCUCCACCACAGCAGGGUCCUGCACCUGAGUCCUCCAUGGACCUAAGCAACAGGAGUACUGAGUAAAGCUGAACAAAAGAAACCAUGAAAUCAAUUUAUUGGUAAAUAUUUGAAGUUAAGUUAAAGACUACUGAAAAAAAUGUUGGAGCUGACCCAAAAGGGUACAGCCACACACUGAUGACAGAAAGUAUUAUUUUACACUGUUAGACCAUCAAAUACUUUUUAAAAAUGUUUUUACCUCCCAUUCAGGGACACUGUGCAGUAUACUUGAAAAGAAAAUGCUUUUAUUUUAUGAAUGAAAAUGUUGUUUUUAAAUUUUCAAUAAAUUUGUAAGCAUUC